CUUCUCACGAUCAGUCCUUCUCUCAACGCCCUCACGACCAUACGCUUCUGACUUCUGCCUCCUGUCACAUCCGUUCCGUGCCUCGCUGCCUGCCGCUCCACCGUCACCUGUACCCAUCUUCACACCCGCCAAGUAGCCCAGCAUGUCGAACGCGCCCGACCGCUUCGCGCUGUUCAUGCUGGGGCCGGACGAGAAACGCGUCGAGAUCGCCGAGGACACGCAGAUUCCCAACGCGGCCACCAUCACGCUGAACAAGGAGGACCACACGCUCGGCAACAUGCUGCGGCAUGCCGUGCUCGUCGUGCCCGGCGUGCUCUUCUGCGGCUACCGCGUGCCGCACCCGCUCGAGCCGCGCACGCAGAUCAAGAUCCAGACCGACGGCUCGCUGACGCCCGUGCAGGCGCUGCAGGCCGGCUGCGAGUCGGUCAUCUCGCAGAUCGGCACGGUGCGGCAGCAGCUGCGCAACGAGCUGCAGGCAAAGGAGGCCCAGGGCGCCGACCUGGCCGGCGCCGCGGGCGGUCCGCAACUCGGCGCUGGCGCAUACGGCUACGGCGACGUCUACGGACAGGGCGAUGCCGGCGGCUACGUCGACAUCUGAGCCGACAACUCUCUCCCGCCGUGGCCGCGCUCGCUUGCUCGUCUCUGAUUCCCCCUCCUCUCUGCACCCUGGCUCCGCUCUGCAUUCACAUCUGUAUUCUACUCAUCUGCUACCAAUCGAGACGUGGACUUCUGCAUCGGCGUAAUUCAGGCGCGGUCUGUGGUGCAGAGGAGCUGCAGCGGAGCAGCGCCGUCAUGCGCAUCUGCGUCCGUGGCGGCGCCCCGUCCUCGGCAGCGCGGCCUUGUGCUGAGCGUCCGCCAGGGCCUCGAGCUGCGCUUCGGAGCUGGCGGGGCCUUCGUUGUCGGUGGGAGCAGACGUAUCAGACUUUAGAGCUUGAGACGAGAUCGCAGUCGAUGGGGCUCUGCGAGGGCAUGUCUCGGCGCGCAAUGUGGGCCAGCAGCGCAUGUGCCGCGACGGCUGUGUGCAGUCAGAAUUGCAGCGUCAUUCGGCGCACACAGGCGGCAAACUGCAGUACGAGGGUGUGAGCGGCUGAAGCUGG